AUGAAGUCAAUAUACCUCCUCCCCCUAUUUACAACCUUCGCCCUCACCAACGCAGAAUCAAACGGCACAAUACCAGAAACCCUCUUCGGGCCCGGCCCAUACUAUGACGAUGUUUUCCGCGAGGCCAAUACGUCUCCGAACGCAACAGGAGCAGUCGAUAUCCUUGCAAUAAAUAUGAGCGUCGGUCCUAUGGUAGGUAUCGAAGCUCUCUGGAGCGCACACCUAAACAUUACCGAAGUCACGAACCUGCACCACACACCCUCCCCAUCCACAGACGUGAUCACCAACUCAGUAAUCAGCAUCGACACCCGAGGAGGCUGGGUGGAAACUCUAGACUGGGAUACUACCUUCGUUAUUUUCUUAGAUGUAGCACGGAACGCGACGGUCGAUGGGCAGAAGGAUACCGGAGACUGUCAUGCGACGUUGGGAGAGAAAUGUGUGCGCGACUAUUCUCAAGUUAUUGAAUCCGCGAUACAUAGUACACGUGCAUCAAAAUUAAACACAACGGUUAUCCCGCCGCCUCCUGCGAGUUGCAAGUAUAGACUUUCGAGCGCGAGUAUUUCAAAUCAAUUCGAAUCUAAAUAUGCCAAUGGAAGCGCAUAUAUCCAUCAUUCGUCGGCAGUGCACAACGCGAGUGACACGAUAUCUUACCAGGAGGCAACCACACGUAUAUGGCCCAUUUUUCUCAGGCAGGGUGGGAGAGGUGGUGCUAAGAAUGUUACCGGGAUAGCCAUGGCGCGGAUGAGCUGUUUAAGAGCUAACGCGACGACGGAGGGGAGCGAGGCUAUUGGGGGGGUACCUGGUGCUGCCGUGGGCAUUAGGGUGUAUGAAUGGGCUGUGGUUGGUGUUGCGUGUUUGGUUGGGGGAUUGUUGGUGUAA